ACUGACCGUUGAAAACAAGAAUCGUGGUAUUUUGUGUAAAGUGCGUGUUUUAUUGAAAUAUUCACGAUGAAAUCGGCUAAAUCUAAACAGAGACUGAACGAUAUGCGUACGCCGGCUCGGAGUAAGCAGAAUUUGUGUUUAGGAGAGCGUGAUCCGGUGCAAGUUUAUUGCCGCCUUCGGCCCAUGCAAAGAGACAGUGAUGUAUCUUGUAUGAAGAUAAUUUCGCCUACAACAGUGCUUCUGACGCCGCCCAGUACUGCUAUAAGCUACAGAAAUGAGAAUAACAAGACGAUGGAGUACACUUUCAAGGAGGUUUUCCCUCCAGAGGCGUCGCAGCAAGAGGUAUUCGAUAAGGUAGCUUUGCCGCUCGUUGAAGGCCUAGUCAAAGGUAAGAACGGCUUAUUAUUCACCUACGGAGUCACCGGUAGCGGCAAAACGUUCACUAUGACCGGGGAGCCCCAAAACUGUGGUAUUUUACCCAGAUGUCUGAACAUAAUUUUCAAAACUAUAAACGAUUUGCAAGCGCACAAAUACGUAUUCAAACCGGACAAAAUGAACAUGUUCGAUAUUCAAAAUGAGGCGGAAGCCAUGUUGGAACGGCAACAGGAACUGCACAAAUUCAAAAGCGGCAAGAAAAACAAUUCGAACCCCGACUUGGCUAUGUCUUCGACUGACAUUACUAAAGUAGGAGGCAUCAAUGAAGAUAACCAAUACGCUGUAUUUGUUACUUAUGUUGAAAUUUACAACAACAGUGUGUUCGAUUUGCUCGAAGACGGGCCCAUCAGUAAAAACUUGCCAGUGAAAAUCAUAAGAGAAGACGCAGCACACAAUAUGUAUGUUCAUGGUGUCACUGAGAUUGAAAUCAAGUCUGCUGAAGAAGCAUUUGAAGCAUUCUACUUAGGUUUAAAAAGAAAACGUAUGGCUCACACUACGUUGAAUGCAGAAUCAAGUCGUAGUCAUUCUGUUUUUACGAUACGACUAGUGCAGGCACCAGUCGACGAAAUGGGCGAAGCUGUGAUCCAAAACAAGAAAUUCCUGUCCAUUAGUCAGCUGAGUUUGGUCGAUCUAGCAGGAAGUGAACGGACCAACCGAACUAAAAAUACUGGUCAACGUCUACGAGAGGCUGGUAAUAUAAACAAGUCACUAAUGACACUGAGAACCUGUUUGGAAGCACUAAGAGAAAACCAAGCUAAUGGAGCAAACAACAUGGUUCCGUAUCGUGAAUCAAAGAUUACACAUUUGUUCAAAAACUUCUUUGAAGGUGAAGGUCAAGUUCGUAUGGUCGUCUGUGCAAAUCCGAGAGCAGAAGACUACGAUGAGACGCUACAAGUGAUGCGGUUUGCUGAAAUGGCAGCAGAAGUGGAAGUUGCUAAGCCACAAAACAUCAAUAACGUUGCUGCAUCUAUUGGCCUUAUGUCAGGUAGACGUAAGGCCAACCGCCUGUUUAAUACAGCCAGAGAGAACAUCAUUCGUCCUGAAGCUAAAGAUCUGGAGCUAGAUUUAGGUCUGGUUUACAGUCUAGGGCCUGACUUCCCAAGCUUGGAGCUGAAUAGUUCUCAAGCAGCUCAUAUUAUAAAGGAACUGAUGGCUCAUUUGGAGAUGAGGAUUACACGCAGAGAAGCCUUGAAGAGGAGUAAGGCUAUCAAAGAUGAGAGGCUCCGUUCAGCAUUGCUAGAUCUGGAGAAAGAUUCCAUGGAAGUCCGCAGCGAAAACGCUUCGCUACGUGGUCAGCUGGCGGCUUCGGAGCGCAGAGUGCGAGCGUUGGAAGAAAGGCUAACAGCAACAGAAAACGCCUCAUUGUCACAUCAGAGAAAACUAGCUGAGUUAACCGAAUAUACGUCAUCAUUAAAACGCGAUUUGCAAGAAAAAGAACUGUUACUGAGUCAGAAGCAGUUGGAGAAGGAAAAGCAAAAAAAGAUUCUAGAACGAAAGUACAACAACAAAAUAGCGGCAGAGCACGAGAAAGCUAAAGAAAUUAAUUCUGAGAAGGAGAGAUUGAGGAACGCGAUUGAAGAGAAAGAGAAUCGGUUGAGGAUUAUAGCUGAAGCACUUCACUCGGAGAGGGGAGAUGAGAUGCCUAAAAGUACUGGUGAUUUUGCAGCGCAGACUGGAAGAGAUUUCACACCUGGAUCGACACCUAGGGCCUUGCCAGCGCAUUUGCUGACACCCUUCAGCUCUGUCCCGCAAACUAGAGAAACUAGGGACACCCCUGCAUCGUCUAGACGUGGAAUAGCGGUCGCAAACCCGAGACAUAGGCGUUCGCUAUCCGCAGACGGGCGAGGCUGGAUAGAACAUGCCCCCAACAAACUCGUUCCAAUGGGAACUGUGAUGAAACCCAGCAUUUCAAAUAGCAAAGUAGUCAACAAGUUAAAAACGGUGAAAGACAUAGCAAAUUCUAAAGCCUCUAAAUACUGCUUGAUAUCUCAAGAACAAGACACCGAUGGGGAGCUAGAAACGAAGCUGUACAAAGGAGACGUGGUGCCCACUUGUGGUGGAGGUGCUCAAGUAAUUUUCAAUGACGUAGAAAUGCUAAAGCAGUUCUCUCCAAAUCGGGAAUCCCAGACCAGGGUCUCAGCGACGUCCUGCGCCCGGCAUUCAGGCAAGAGAAGAGAUACAGGCUGUUCACCGCCCCAAACGCCGUCAAAUACCAGUAAAAAACAGAGGAUUGAUGAUGAUUAGUUAGAUUAAAUCAUGUUUUUGACUUGAUGACUUUGACCUGGUGUUAUUACAAGAAUAUAAGAAUUUCUCAUUAAUGAUUUUGUAACAAUUUGUUGAUAGUUUCUACAAUAGAGAAUAUAAUCCCAGUACUUGUGUUAAUUAGUAUUGAAUUUAAAUUCUAAAACUUCCAAAAUCAUUAUUAAAUUCUUGUAAUUUCACCUUAAAAUUUGUUAUUUGUAUGAAAUCUGGGUAAAGUUCUCUGUACAAUUCUCUUUAUUUCUUUUAUAAUCAUUAAUUUCUUUGUUACAUAAUUACCAUGUUGUACUUUUGCUGUAGACGUAACGAAUUAGAUAUUUUUACCAUCCAUUUUCUUUUUCUUCUUGAAUUUGGCUUAUGUAACAGUGUCUUAAUAUUCUGCCUAUUGAUUUGCUCAAGUUAACUAUUUUAUGAUCAAAACUAAGUAACUUUGGAAACACUGUGUGAAAAAUUACUUCAAUUUGCUUUUAAUAUGUUACUAUGUCCAGUCAAAUCAUAAAUGAAAAUGCAGCUUUUUUGUUUUCCUUAUUAUUUAGGUUUAAAUAUUUUUGAACGUUUCGAAUUUUCAUAAAAUUGUAUUUUGCUAAAUUUUUGUUUGAUUACUAGUGUAAUGUAGGAUACUUCUUCCUUCACCUUAGAUUAUCAGAUUUAUUAAUUGUAGGAUUUUUAUGGACUGUGAUUGAUGUUUUGUAAACUUUUUAAGUAUAACUUUAGAGAUAGUUUGGUUUAUCGUUUAUUUAUACUAAUAGAUAUGUAACAAGCCUUACAAAGUGACUACAGUCACAAUAUAUUUCUGUUAAAAAUAAUGUUUAAGUUCUUUGCAUUUUCUAAAGAAAGCUAAGCAUUUUAUGUAAUAGGACAUUGUUUAUUGUAGACCUUUGUAACAAUUGUAUUAGAUUUUUGACUAUUUUCACGAAUUUGGCUUUCUUUUAUCAAGCAAUUAAAAUCAUUUUUAUGGCAAUAGGUCUUUCUUAAUAGGGUGUCUUCUAGUUGUAAUAAGUCUGUAUAACACUGCUUUAUUUAUACAUCUGACGUUUAGUUACUAAUAAAAGUACUUAAUUAGUUUGUUAACUAUGCUUUUUGGAGAUUUGUUAAGUAAGUUGUAGAUUUUGUAACAAUAUUGUGUCAUUAAAUACCUCUACUUGUAAAAUGUAAUACUGUGGGAGUGUAUUAAAUACCUUUUUC